GCUGAAUAGAUUUUGAUUAAAAUUUUGAAGGAAAUAUUUGGAUUUUAUCAAAUCAAUUUCUGUUUUUGCGAUGCUCGUUCAAAUUGGAUUUUAUUUGUUGGCAUGGGUUGGCCAGGCUGCACCAUCAUCACAUUUUUCGACUGGACUGCUUCUUCAAAAAAUUGUCUCGGGUCAGAGUUUAAACGGAUAUACGUUGCAGAGCGUAUGGGUAGAAAGUUUAGCAAAAUGCAGCAUAUUGUGUAGUGCAAACGAAGCGUGUCAUUCCAUCAACUAUGAAGUUGGUGCGCCAUCUAUUGGGCAGUGUGACAUUAUCAUGUGUUCUACGGACAGCAACGACCCAAAUUUGGUUACGAACACAGGUUUUUCCUACUUUGGAAAGAUUCCAAUAGGCUCUGCUCCAGUAUGUGGCCCCUGUACAAGCGCCCCGUGUCACAACGGUGGAGACUGUAUAACAGGUGUUUCUGCAACAGACUUCACCUGUUCGUGUGUACCUGGCUUCACUGGGGCGACCUGCGAACAGAAUAUUGAUGAGUGUGCUUCUUCUCCUUGUCUUAACGGGGGGACAUGUAAUGACUUGAACAACCAGUAUGAAUGUGACUGUCAGCCCGGUUACACAGGAAGUGACUGCGAAACAGACAUCAACGAGUGUUCAAGCAUACCGUGUAUGAAUGGGCAAGCGUGUGUGGAUUUGGUCAAUGGCUUUUCCUGUAAUUGUACCGGAUUUACGGGAACUCUUUGCGAAGCUGACAUUGAUGAAUGCCUUACAAGCAACGGAGGGUGCAGUGAUACUUGUACCAACAGUUUUGGCUCGUACGUCUGUAGUUGUCCACCGGAGAAGUAUCUCCAUGCUGAUGGUUUGACAUGCUGCUUACCAUUUUGGCCGUCUGGCUUCUAUGGUCUUCCUCGUGUUGGCCCUCUGAAUGAAUCCAUACCACUGGACGGUUGUCCAACAAUCGGAAGUGAAGGUUUCGUUUGGUCAACAGGGGACCGGUACUUUGAUACCGAAAAUACCUUUUCUUCAAACUCUUGGACAACCGGGAUUCAUUUUCCUUUGACUUACGGAAAGGACGACAUUCGUCUUCAUUUCUGUAUGAAAACUACAGACUAUGCCGCGAUCUGUGUUCCUAAUACGUGGCCUACUGGUAGCUACUGCCUAUAUAGAGCAUCGGGACAGGCGUGUCCAACAGGUUUUGAAGACGGUUGGCUCAAGUGGGACGAUGAAAAUAUUUUCAACUCCAACUCGUUUAGUGGUGAACUGCCAUACGGGAUAUACGACCAUAACACCAAGAUCCAUUUCUGCUGUCGUGAUGAUGACUCUGUCAGUACCCCUAUACACCUCCCCACUGAUCAACCCUUCUACAUGUUCCCAAAGACAACAGGUGCGUGUCAAGCUGUAAUGGGAAUGACAUCAAUACUGGAACUUUUUCAUUUUGAUUGUGAGGACUAUUUGAUUGCGGCAAAUUCACUGGUUGAUACAGGUGGUAAUACACCAUAUUUGUCUACAUCUGGCGUAAAUGUGGAUCUGUACAUUUGCUAUUACUAUAAGUGACCCGAUUGUUGCAUUCAUUCAGUAAGAAAAGGAAACCAAAAAGCAUACUGGAUGAAACACAUCCUUCAGUGCUUGGUCUGGUAUUCACACGUAGCCAUAGGCACAAUAUUCUAUUAUAUGCAUUGAACGAAUAAAAUUGCUCCCAUACGGAAUUGUUUAAUUGUUUAUUUUUGGUACGAUCGUAACUUAUAAAUGAAACUAAAAUGAAUAGUAAUAGUGCUCAUACUUCCUAAAUGCCCGUAUAGUAAAGCAUUUGAAUUAAUAAGGUUUAAUUGGUAAACUUUCAUGUUAAAAGUUCGUUUAUACUCACUGGUCACGAACGAUCUGGAGGUGACGCGUAAAUUGUGGUUAAUUUUACGAACAACGUAUUUUUUCCAACAGUUCAUUUUCUCAAGAAAACUUAUAUGAAAAAGCUUUGUACAGCAUUUAAUUUAGUGAACAAAAGAUAAACCCUCUUUUCCUUUUAUUGGAAGCGUUUUCAGCAGGAACUUACCCUAGAAUGAUAGUGCUUAUUAUAGAUUAAAGUACAACCGUUGUGAAAAGUCAAGAGUAACCUUUUAGAAAUUGCGAUAUUUAAUGUGUUUUAAAAUGCCCCCCCCCCCCCUUUGCUUCCUCACUGUCAUGUAAAAUAUGCCACAUUUUUGCAAACUGUUUGUCGACGAUUG